AUGGAAGCUGAGGAGCCACCUGAGGCCAGGGGAUGCUGCCGUGGGGUCCUGGGGAAAGCCAGGAGAUGCUGUCCCGAGGCCCUGGGCAAGCUUCUGCCUGGCUUCUGUUUCCUCUGCUGCCUGGUGACCUAUGCCUUGGUGGGUGCCGCUCUCUUCUCUGCAGUAGAGGGCCGCUCUGCCCCAGAUGCAGAGGAGAACCCCGAGUUGAAGAAGUUCCUGGACAAGCUCUGCAGCAUCCUGAAAUGUAACAGGACAGUGGUGGACGGCAACAGGAAAGACCUGUGUGAGCAUCUGCAGCAGAUGAAGCCCCAGUGGUUCAAGGCACCCGAAGACUGGUCCUUCCUGAGCGCUCUUUUCUUCUGCUGCACAGUGUUCAGCACAGUGGGUUAUGGAGACAUGUACCCCAUCACCAGGCUCGGCAAGCUCCUGUGCAUGCUCUAUGCUCUCUUUGGGAUCCCUUUGAUGUUCCUGGUCCUCACAGACAUCGGAGACAUCCUAGCCACGGUCUUAUCCAGGGCUUACAGUCGGUUCCAGGCUCUCCUUUGCCUCCCCCAUGCUCCCUCCCAGUGGUGCUCCGGCCUGCUCUGCGGGAGGCAGCCGGACGGCAAACCCGCGGAGGAAACCAUUCCUCAGAUUGUCAUUAGUGCUGGUGCGGAUGAGUUCCUAGACCCCCAGCCACACAGGGAGCCUGCAUCUCCAAGCUGCAACGUGGAGGUGUUUGAGAGACUGGUCGCGCGAGACAAUCAGGACAAGCUACGACUACCCACGCAUCCCGUAGAGAGGAGCAGCUCAUGCCCCGAGCUGGCGCUGGGGCGACUGUCCUGUUCUAUCCUUAGCAACCUGGAUGAAGUGGGCCAGCAGGUGGAGAGGCUGGACAUCCCUCUCCCCGUUAUCGCCCUGGUCAUAUUCGCCUACAUCUCCUGUGCAGCUGCCAUCCUCCCCUUCUGGGAGACGGAGCUGGGAUUCGAGGACGCUUUCUACUUCUGCUUCGUCACACUGACCACCAUUGGGUUCGGGGACAUCAAGCUCGAUCACCCCCACUUCUUCCUCUUCUUCUCCAUUUAUAUCAUCGUCGGCAUGGAGAUCGUGUUCAUCGCCUUCAAAUUAAUGCAGAACAGGCUCCUACGUGCCUACAAAACUCUCAUGCUGUUUUUUGCGAAAGGGAAGUUUCACUUUCUGCAAAAAACUCCCCUCUUGGCUCCUGGGGGCCUGGAGCGCCAGGGGGUGGGUUGGGGGGCGUGGCUGGUCCUGGUAGCACUCUUUCAUGGUCUUACUAGGGAACAAAAGGAGAUUGCCAGGUAUGAGUCUGGAUUUAAUAAUGGCUCCAUGGCUGCCAGAGUUCUCCCAGGCCUCAAUCUCCACAACCUGGGCAGCUCAGCUAACCAGGUUUCCUCUCUGCGUUACACUGGGCCCUUCAAGCCUAUACCCCGGAACCUCUGCUCCCUAGUCCACCCUCAUAGCAUGGGAUUUCCACUGGCAUUCUGGGCUCCACCCUCAGCGCCCCCAACAUUCCUCUCAUCUCCCACUCGAGUGCAGCUCCAGCCUGCCGGCAGCCUAUGCUGUGCCCCUUGGCUCUCUGCUUCCAGAGAGCCGUGUGUGCCCCCAGUGUGGGGCCCUGGCUUCGGUUUCACUCCUCAAAGUCCCAAGCAGCUGGUUCGAAGUACAGCUGGCAUCUGUUCAUUUCAAAAGCUCUGGGUUAGUCUGAUGGCAUUCACUUACUUGGGACCCAGGGCUCAGAGCUCAUUUGAGUGCAGUGUGCCAGGCCCUGAAAUACAGACCUAA